AUGUCUGCAACCUUGUGUCAGGUGAUGGGGUUUGUGGUCGGUCUGCUGGGGGUGGCAGGAAUUACUGCAUGCACGGGAAUGGAUAUGUGGAGUACAGAAGACCUGUCCGACAAUCCUGUAACAGCCAUCAAUACUUACGCUGGUCUGUGGAGGUCUUGUGUGCGACAAAGCUCAGGAUUCACUGAAUGCCGACCAUAUUUCACCAUCCUAGGCCUGCCAGGUCUUUUUCAAGCAGUGAGGGCACUUAUGAUUGUAGGAAUUGUUCUUGGAGUCAUUGCCACUAUGAUUGGCAUUUUUGCCCUAAAAUGUCUAAAAAUAGGUAACAUGGAGGACAAUGUAAAGGCAACUAUGACACUGACUACAGGGAUUAUGUUUGCUCUCUCUGGAAUCUGUGCUAUAGCUGGAGUAUCUAUCUUUGCAAAUCUCAUUGUUACUAACUUUAUGAUGACUACAUGGAGCUCAAGUGCAGGUGGACCUGGAGGUUUCGGUAAUUCUGGAUUUAUAGGCUCACCUCUGACUCCGAGAUACACCUUUGGCUCUGCCUUGUUUGUAGGAUGGGUGGGCGGAGCUCUUUUGGUCGUGGGUGGGGUUUUGAUGUGCGUUGCUUGUCGCUCCAUGAUGCCUGAGAAACAGCGAUACGAGACUGCAGCUUAUAAAGCAGCAACCUACCGGUCAGAGGACAAAUCCAAAAACUACAACGACUCCUACAAAGCUCAGAGUACAGUAGCAGCCCCCAACCAAAAAUAUGAUUAUGUGUGA